GAGAGUAAAAAUAUUGCGUUUUGACGGUUUACGGUUAAAAUUUUGGCUAUUUGACAGAAGAUUACUCGAGGUUUCAUGGUCGAGAGCUUUAUCCCAUUUAUCUUCCACGUCAAGAUCUGAUAUGAGCCAAAGCAAGUGAAGCAUCUGGAAUUCCCAUCUCCAAAAGGUUCUUGAAGUUUUAUUCUGCUUUAUUUGGAGUGGGGUCUUAACCUUCCCGUAUCGCUAAGUCGCGUUGUUCUGCCCUUGCGCCAGUCCAUGGUCGCAUGGUAACCAAAAUCUAUUCACUGAUAAACAGAAAGCGUAAGAACUUCCGUUUGAGGUCAGCUUUUAUGAUUUGGUGGUAGAAUUCAAGAUUUUUCCCAUUCAAGCUUGGCAGUGUGAAUAUAUCUUAAACUUCACAUAGUCCUUCCUACCCUACACCUCUGUAUGAAACCUUAUGAAAGAUUGAUAUAUAUUUUGAAUUAUGCUUCCGACGGAUCUCUACCCUUCAUUCCGUCUUGCCCUUCGCGGGAAGGUAUGCCGGCAACAUUCAAUUAUAGAGGUUUCCAAACAUGAUCAGUUGACGACAUAUCGAGCCGGAGGAGAAGCACGGUUUCUAAUAGUGUGAACUAAUUUUAUCGCCUUGGUUUCAGUGACUGUCACGUACCAUGCUUGGGGAACUAUCACGAUUUAUCACGAUGACCCCCACAACACGGAAAUACAACACAUUUCCUAAACUGAUCUUGAUAAAGAUUUGGGAAGUGAGAAACAAACUGCAGCUAUAAAUUUGAAAGUAGAAAACUCUACAAGAAAAAUUAAUUUCAUUUAUAUGUAAGACAAAAGUGAAACAUCACGACCACAACUUUUAUUUACGUCCGUUCUGGAUUCUUGUAGAGCAAAUGAAUGGGCAAGUGAAGAGAUUAUGCUUCAUUAAACACGAAAAUAUCUCCUUCACAUUUUACACAUGAAAAAGUAAGUGAGACAAAUAAAACGGCCAAAAGAGACAUUUUUUACAUUUGGAAAACGAAAGACAAAACCAUUAGUAGUUUGUUCCCAAUAUGAAACAUACAUUGGAAUUAUGAAAUUCUCCUGUUUUUAUUUAAAUGUUUUUUUCCAAACAGCGUGAGAGGAGAACCAAGCCCAAUAAAAUUUCCAAUUUAAAAUUGAAAAUAUUAUUAUUCAAUAUCGGGCUCCUCGGAGAUAGGAAGGUGGCACGCUCUGAAAGAGAAUAAUUUAAUUGGUUUCAUUGCAAUCUAGAGUUUUCACCGCGUUCAUACACUUUGGUUUAUGACAUCCAGUUUAUGUAGAUGAUUUUAGAUCACUCAAGUCCACUCAGGAAGUGAAAAAUGUUUGCACGUCUUCACGCGGUCCAUUGUCAAAAGGGCUUGAAAUGAGGAAGAAAUGUGCUCACGUGAUUCGAGGAAUUGUGGGAAGUAAUUUGUGCUGACUCCUUCUCGUACGUUAUACGCUUUCUCCAUAAGGAUCCCCGCAAAAUGGAGUAAAUUGUACUGCGAGAAGUUCCACGGAUAAGCCAUGGAUUAUACAGAGGAAGAGGAAACUCUUCGGCUAAGUCCGAUACCGAGGGAUAUUCUGGCUCUGCCUGCGCGAGAGGUUCUUUCAUAUUCGAAAAUUCGUGAUCCUCUGUCACUUCAGCUGAACAUGGAGGGUGCUUUGAAAAAUUGGAAAGAUGUGGCCGAUAUGCUAGGGUAUUCUGCAGAGAAGAUUCUCGGCUAUUUCGCACAUAAUCCUAGACCAGGAUUACUUUUAUUGGAGGACUGGAUAUACAAAAGGAAUGGUAUUCUAGAGAAACUUGUGAAUAUCUUGAGCGAACUGGAGUUUUAUUCUUCUCAGGACGUAAUUUGCGAAUGUGUGGAAGAUUAUCAAAGAAAGCGUAGUAGUGAUGAUGAUGGAAUAGGUGAUGUACAGGGAAUCCAACUUGACGAUGGAGGUUGUUGUAUGAUUGAGGAAAUUUCAAUUGUUUCAACAACCAACUCGGACUGCACAGACCGCACUUCAUAUACAUCAUCAGAGUACUCGACAACUCCAAGCCCUCUACCAUCCACAGUUGUGAAAUCAAAGGAUAAGAGUUAUACGGGUAAAAUUAGGGGAGUAGGUUCAUAUUCAAGUAAGUGUGAUAGAGAACUGCAAGAGAAGAGCCCUAGUAGCACUAACUUACAAGUACCAAGCAGAGGUGCUGAAGGUGCCACUACUGCAGGCAAGCCUGGACUUUUUAGGUAUAGCUCUUGGUCACCAGACACACAUCUGGAGAAUGAAGAUCUGUUACAAUCUAACCAAGGUGAAAAGGACUAUAUGCAUUCAAAUUCCCAUGAACCAAAAAGUAAAUUGAAGGACAGAAAGAAAUCUUUUCGGAAAAAAAUUGCCCUCAUGUUUUCUACAAAGAGACACAAGAGAUCAUCUGAACCAUCCAACAGUGAAGGAAAGUCCUCAUUUGUGAGCUCUGGUGAAUCCAGUGUGGAUACAUCCAUGGUGACAUCAUUCACUGCAUCAUACUCUUACAGUGAAUCGGUCCAAAAUCCAAAAGAAAAUUUGUCUCCUCUGAAAGUAAAAGAAGCACGGAGGUUGUCAAAUUCAGACAGUGUGAGCUCAAGAGAAUCUGCAGCUUCCCCAACAUCCCCAGGGUACGAGUCAGGAUACACAUCAUCGCCAGAAGCCCCCACAGGCUCUGGAAAAACCAUCUCCAUCAUCCACUGUUCGCAACUGGAAGGAAAUGCCUUUGAAGGGGAGGUUUCUAAGUUGUACUAUCAUUUUAGCAAAAACUUGGGAUACAAGUGCCAUUUGGACAAGGUGGAGCUAGUCAAAGUUGCUGAAAACAUGUUCCGCUGGGCUGUGAAAAGUGUCCAGCAGAGUGAUUUUGUUUUCAUUUGUGUUUCUCCACAACUGAAAAGAAUUUUUGACUCACCCCACGAAGAAAUCAGUGGCAGUCUUGAAGAUGAUGAGGCAUGCAUGGUUCGGCUUGAAUCUGAUUUAAUAUUGGCUGAGCUUGCCACAAAUGCAAGCAACAGAAAAGGAAAGUACAUGACAAUUGUGCUGGAAGGAUCAUCCAAAAGAGAUGUGCCAGGCUUCCUGAACUUAUAUUUGAAGUACCGUUGGCCAGAUGACGAACGCAGAAUCAGGUGCAUAAUAGAAGGACUACCUGAGAUCAUUCCAGUACCUGUAAGCAGUGUCAAGACCGAUCCACCUCCUAAGGUGGUUGAGCCUGCCAAAAUUCCAAGUUGAGGGACGAAGAAACAAACAGGAUUUCUGUACCUGUUAGAGUCUCCCUGACAAGCAUUAUUUGGGGAACAGAGAAAGACAAAGAAGCCACCAAUUUUUUCAUUGUAGAUUGACAAUUGAUUUAAUUCAUACUUGGUGGGAGUAUGCAAAAUUAUAUGAUUGUAUACUGUAAAAAUACUGUACUGUACAUGUAGACAAGGGGUAAGAGCCCAGGAUUGUGUAGAUAUGUAUUCACUUCAUAAUACUAGCAUGGUAUCAUAAGUGAUAUCAAAGUAUAACAAAAUCUUGCUCAUGAUCAAGAUAUUUUAUUCCAGUUGCUACAUGUAUUUUAGAACUUCAGGUUUAAAUUAGGAAUGAAGCAAAUUGUAUAUCCUCUUUUUACUGAAUGAAAGGCUAUUGCAUAUUGACUUUUCAGUGCUUUUAAUCAUUGCUCUUCGCCAGAAUAUUUUUGUACUAAAAUUGUAGAGAGAAUUUCAGUACUGAUCAUUCAUGGAAGUAAUAAUGUUAAACUUCAUCUUCAUAUUUCAAUACACCUUUCUGUACAAUGUAAGAUCUUAAGAUUUUUUGAUUGAUUCCAUGUACAGGUCAUGAUAUUGUGUUGAGUGCAAGUGGUGUGGAUUUUUAUUCGGAUCAGAAAAUCAUCAUUUUGAACUGUUUUUGUCCAGAGUAUGGAAUAUCUUUAUUGAAAAAUGAAAUGCUUUUAAGAAGAUUCUGUACAUAUGUUUUCAGGAGGAAAGGAUGACUAAUUGUGUAGAUAAAAGCUAAGAUGCAUACAAUUGCUUCUGCUUGCUCAACUUGCAGGAAAGAGUGGCAUGGGAGAGAACAUGGGCUGUAUGAAAUAUGGUCCCACUACUCAAUAGUUAUUUGCUUCUGCUUGCUCAACUCGCAGGAAAGAGUGGCAUUGAAGAGAACAUGGACCGUAUGAAAUAUGGUCCCACUACUAAAAGUUUGCUACAUUUUGAGCUACAUGUUGUAGGCAUGAAGCAAUGCAGCCAUAGUGAAUGCUGUAAAAGCACACAUAUGUAAAGUUGACCGUAUAAAUUAUGUAUUUUGCAGAAUCAGGCUGAAUAGGUUCUUCAGCAGGUCCCGCACUGUUAUCUUUUUUGUACUGUGUGUCAUACAGUGAGGGUUCAGUUACUUUUAUAUAUAUGAUUGACCCAAAAAGUCAGCUUAUCUCAAAAAGCAGCAAGAAGCUAGUAAGUAAUGUACAGUUGCUACUCUUUGGAAUAAUUAUUUUCCCAAGGUGCAUUGAAUAUUUUACAAUAAUCCUAUGAGUCCCACAGUGUGUUAUUUCAAUGGUUCAUGGUUACAUUUUUCGUUCCUUUUGAUGCCUCGUGUUUUUAUUACUUUUUUUUUUUUUUUUUACUUGAAAUGCCCUGCUGGGCUUGAAGUAUUUAAAAAGCAUUGAUUUGACCAUUAAAUGGUCUCGUGAUCAAAUUCAAGCCUGCGUACGUUUUCACUAAGCCGUUUGCUGUGUGUUACUUUGUGUUUAAGAAUGUUGUUCAAGGAAGCUUUUCACUUUGCAUGAACCCUUGCAAGCCACUGUCUCAUAUUUCAUUCGUACUUAACUCUAAUUUUGUAAGGAGCAAUGGUCUUAAUAUACCAAAUAAUGACCGCGUCCAUGAUAUCUGAAUGUACAAAGUAAAUAUUGUGAUUAAACUCGGCUUUUCAAACUCCUUGGACAGGUGCUAUAGAAUGUCAAUCCUCAAUUAUACACAACCAGACAAUUGUACUCGCCCCUUAUGGUUUGAGAAGUUAUUCAUAUGUAAAUAUUGAUUUAAUUCA